CGGGAGACCUUGGCACGUGUCUUCCCGAUGUCGCACGUGACCGACGGAAAAAUCUCGAUCUGGAAAACACCCGAGUAAGGCGUGAGGGUUCAAGCAGAACCUGGUAGGCCCACGCUCAACUUGGUGUCGGUGGUGUGUUUGUGUGUGUCACACAAACGAGAGAGAGAGAGAGAGAAAAUGGGGCCCAUUGUGCGACACGUGGCGCGUGCAGGAUUGGCUCGAUGUAGUGCGCUCCCGCAGGCAUGGAGAGUGGUGUCGUCGGGCGACGGGAUCGCGACGCGGCGGCCGCAAGGUGAGAUCCAACGGCUAGUAAAUUCACACUUGUCGGCAGCGCCGUCGAGAGGUGGACACGUCAGCACGGCCAAGGCAAGGAACGACGGCGAUGGCGGGCUCGGUCCACGUGUGCAGUGUACGUCCAGUGCAUCGACGGAUGUUCAAGCUCUUGAUAGACAAUUGGGGGAGGGGGCUGGAGGGCCAAGAGGGAGGAAAUGUGGGGAUGGUAAUGAAAAAAAGCUACUGGCUAUGGAGGCAGUCGUCGAUGACAUGCCACGUGGAAGCCGUGGGUCGAUUUCUAGGGUUUCUGGCGGCAGGACCAUCUCUUCAAUGGCAAUGACGUGUCGUUCUUCUCCUCCUCUUUCUGGAAAUACUUUCCCAUCUUCGAGACCCUCCUCGUCGGGGGUAAUCGACGUUUCCUGGGGGAAAUUUCUGGGCGCUACAUAUACCGUAAUCAAUAAUGGCGGGAAAUUUCUUGGCGCCACACAUGCCAUCAUCAAUAAUGGCGGGAAUACCACGUCAGCAUCGACGGCGUCAUCGCCAUCGAUGUCUUUGCCGGAGGAGGGGACGGCGGGGAUGCCACGUGGAAGAGGAGCAGCAGCUGCGACAGCAACGUGGAUGUCAGGAGGAGCUAUGAGGAGGAGGAGAACCAGAGGCGUGUUGACGUCAACAGCGCGAUGCACGCAAGUGCACCAAGGAAUGGCGAUGGCGAGAAAGUUCUUGUCCACGUCAUCGUCGACGUCAUCGUCGGCGAAGAUAGACGACUCGGCCAGUCGCGCAAUGGCUGGGCAGGGGAGUAAUGAGGAGGAGAGGUCUCUUAAAGAGACUGGCGAUGGUGGAACGAACACGGGAAGUGGUGAUUGGUCGGGAGCGCAGCAGAUCGGAGGGAUAGGAGGAGGAGGAGGAGGAGGGGAAGGGGGAGGAGGAGGGGAAGGGGGAGGAGGAGUAGGGUAUAGAGGACGUCGAAAGUAUGGAGGCAUGGGAGCAAAAAGGGAAAUCAGCGGCGCCGCUGAUCGAGCGGAGAGAGAGGGAAUUAGUGAAGGUGCUGCCGAUGGUGAAGAUUUGAAGAGAGCGGAGAAAGUGACAUCGUCGGUAGAAGAGUCUGUUGGAGGUGGGGGAGGGGGGGGAGGAGGAGGAAGAGAGGGAGGUGGAGAAGAGGGAGGAGGAGCAGGAGGUGUUGACGCACACGGAGAAGACGCAGUGGAAGUCAAAGUGCUGAAAAUUGCUUUGGAAAAACAUGUGUCCACCUUGGGUUGGUCUGAGGCGGCGCUAACGGCGGCGCUAACGGACGCAGGGCUGUCGCCAGCGGCUAUUGGGAUUCUCCCGCGUCGAGAGGCAAUGCUUGUGGAGUUCUUUAUGGAUCAAUGUUCUGAUAGGUUUGCAGAGCAAGUUGCGCGCCGAUCAGAGGAGCUGUCGCGCAUGGUUCUCAGGGACCGAAUUUCAACUCUUGUCAGGAUGCGACUAGAGAUGCAGGGACCGCUCAUUUCGACAUGGCCGCAGGCACUCAGCAUUCAGGCUCGUCCGCCGAAUAUUCCAACCGCUUUGAAACAGCGGUCACUACUUAUCCGUGACAUCUUGGUGGCUGCGGGCGAGAAGUCCUUUGACAUAACAUGGUAUGCAAAGCAAGCAUCACUUGGAGCACUGUACACAGCUUCAGAGCUCUACAUGCUCACAGAUUUUUCCCCAGGGCAACUGGCAAGUGCCUUAAGUGCUGGGAUUGGAAAUAGGGUGGACUCACUUCUGCGAUCCGGAAUGCCUGAAAAGACAGGAGAGCAGUGAUAAGAAGAGAGGAACAGGAGAGGAGAAAGAGAGCAGGGAGAUGGCUGCAAGCAGACUGGACAUGCAUUCUUGGGUGGAG